CACCCAGCGGUCACGCACGGGAGGCUGGACUCUGGCGAUCAGAGCGUGUUGAGGAAGCCACGGCGAAUAAUCAGCAAACUAGAAGGUUUUGCUUCUGCUUUCACUUGAUGGACACCAGUUUGUUUAGAUAUAGCAGCUGAAAUCUUUUUUUAUUUUUUUUAUUUUUUUAUUUUUUUUACACCAGAUGAUGAUACAGCUAAAAUAAAAGGGCACUGGCAUUUUAUCUGCUGGAAUAACCGCACGUUGUGUCGAUGCUGUCAGACUGUUUUUUCUCCCCUGGCGCAGUCCAACUCAGCUGGAGUCGCAUAGGAUGCCAUACGAUCCUAUAGGAAGUGACUCUCGUAGCUUGGCAGGCAACAAUUUCCAAGAAACGAAAAGGACGCAAUCCGUGUCCUGCGGAUCUCUCCGGUUUUGAACACGCGGACGCGAUGGACGAAGGCGCAGCCAGCGAGGCCAUCCCGGAUCUGAAAGACGUAGAGGUGAAAAUCGGUCGGAAGACCCCCGAGGGUUUGCUCAGGUGGAUGCGGGAAGAGGCGUCCUCUCUCCGCGGAGACGCCAAGCUCGCCACCGCGCACGACACCAGUAAGGGGACGGGGAAGAAGAGUUUGGAUGAAAAGAUCAAGAAACUGAAGAUGGAGAUGGCCCACUUGCGCUCAGUGGAUGUGAAGAUCUUGCAGCAGUUGCUGGCGGUCCAUGAAGGUAUUGAGGCAGUGAAAUGGCUGCUGGAAGAGCGCAGCACACUGACCAGCCGUUGCAGCAGCCUCACUAGCAGCCAGUACAGCCUGGGAGAGGGCCCCGACGCCUCCUGGAGAGGCUCCUGGAGCAGCCUGCAGGACCCUAAUGACAAGCUGGACAACAUCUCCAUCGGUAGUUAUCUGGACACCCUGGCAGAUGACAUGGAUGAGUACUGCCCCUCCACCUCAGAGUCGGUCAUCUGCUCCACCACACCGCUGGUUUCAGAGGCUGUUGCUGGGGGCCGGACAGGGGGAGGCCCCGGGGCCACCCUCACAGCUGCUGGGACAGGAGCUGGGGUAGGGGUAAGGUCUGGUCCUGGGGCUGGGAGUGGGAUUCGGGAUACUGUGACUACCAGUGCUGUCACUGGGACUGGGAUUGCUGGGACUGCAACUGGGAAACUAGCUGUUCCAGCCAACUCUCCCCAAACCAAGUCUGAGGGCCCCAAGCAAGAUUUCCCCAUGUGGACCAAGGCUGCAGAGAUGGGCAAGGGAAGCCCUGUCUCUAAGGACAAUAUCCAGGUACAAUCCACUAAGGUUAACGGUGUCCUGGAGAAACCAACCACACAAACAGGCAGCCAAACCCGCCCCAGCCUCACUGAGAAACUGGGAACCAGCCAGAGCCCCAAACUCAAACCUUACAAAAACGGAAAGAUUGAGUUGGAUACUUGCAAAAUGAACAGCAAAAUGCAUCUGGAGUACGACGCGCACUGGCGGUGGGUGCAGUCGCAAGAGGAUGUUACAUUUUUGUGAGAAGGAUAAUGACAGAGGGGACAAAAUCCGCUAUUGAUCACUCCCUCUGUAACAUCAAAGACCAGAUCACUGAAGGUUAGAAGAAGAGUGAACUUUCGUUGGUAGAUGCACAUAGUGAGGCUUUCUUUGUUGAAAGACACUGGGUUUGAAAGACAAAGAAUAACUUUCUUGUUCUGUCUUUCCCUCCUGUGACUGCACUAACUUUCUAUAAAACAUUGAUGUCAGUAUUAAGAUGGAUGCACAUUACAGGAUUUUGACCAUAGUGAGCCAAACUUUGGCUGCUUCACACAAACUUGGGAAAAUUUUAAAAUCCUGUGUCAUUGUUUUUCUCAGGGUCUUUCUUGGCAUUCCCUGAUUUUAUUUUAUUUUAUUUUAUUUUAUUUUAUUUCUCCUAGAAAUAAAGAACAGUGAAAUGAUCUACCGGAGAGCUGAAACAUGAUUUCAGAUUGACGUGUGGUAUACAGUAUCAACCAAUAAAUAUUUGAAGGUUUAAAAUAUAAUUUGACUUUCUCCUAUUCAGUCAGAAAAAUAUUCCCAAUGAGUACAAUGCUAUAUACUUCUUCAAAACCCGUAAAAGAAAGAUUGCUCUCCAAUUAAUUUAUACUUUACAUCCUAUUAAACGUUUUGUGGAUCCUCUACAACAGUGGUUCCCAGCCAUUUUUUUUGUGACCCCUUAAAAUGAAACAAAUGUGGCCUCUCAUUUCAGGUUAUGGCCUUAUUUUCUGUCCUGGAUUUUUUAUUUGAAGGCAUUUAAAAGAAGACGGGAGAAUAUUUCACGAGAAAAAAAGGCUAAAAUGCUUCUUUCUUUCAUAUUUCUUCAUUUUUCUUGGGACCCUUUGGUAAGUCCUGAUCCCUCGGUUGGGAACCACUACUCUACAAUCAUCACUACUUUCACUCCACAAUCAAUAGCAAUGAGAGAGCCUGCUGUACUGAAUUUAAGGUAGUAGUAAUAGUAUAAAACCAAAGUUUCCCCGUAUCAACCUCUCAUUAAAGUCCCAAAUAAAUUGUAUUGUAUAGGCCCUUACUUUUGGACAUUGUAACUGAACACUACCAGUUGUUAUAGACAGUAUAACUUGUUAAAGUAUUAACAAUAUAAGUAUUAUGAUAAAAUCUGUGAGUGUGUUUCUCCCCAAACACUUCCCUGAACAACGGUAGAUGACAUGAAUGACGUAGACGACAGAGCACUGAGGUUACUAAACGUUUCCCUCACAGAGAAAUAAUAUACCCACUACUAGCAUUUGUGUAUUUGUGGAGCCAAUAUCUUCAGUGAUUGCCUAACCAUCUGCAACCUGCUGCACUGUAUAUUCACCGAAUUACAGCCACUCUAUGCAUCAGGUAGUGGUCGUGACUGGUUGUAGGCUAAUCCUGAAUAUGGCUGGAUAUUUUUGUUUGGUUUUUUCAACAGUUACAGUAAUCUGUGCUAGGUUUUAAAAGCAGAUGUUGUGCCUGAUUGAUGUAAACCUUUACUACAUACUGUAUGCCUGUACUUUCCCUCCUAAGAUCACUGCAAUGUUGUUAUGAUGAUCUGAGUUUUCUAACUGAUUCUUUUUUUAUUAUUAUUAUAUUUGCCUCGUCCUGGCUGCUGCUUGCAUGUACAAAUCGCUAGACCAACAGUCUGUAUGCUCUUGAGUGUUUGAGCGGUAAAUGUGUUACAUUGCCUGGGUGGAUAUUGCAUGCCCUGUGUAGCGAGCUUUAUUGGUUGAAUUGUGAGAAAUGUGUGGAAGACCCAACACAAUCAGAGAAGAAAAGCAAUAUCUCUUGAAGCUUUUCUACUGGCUUACAUAAGCAGCCUCUUCUCAGCAAGUGAAAACGAAUAUUUUCUUCAGGAGUUUGAAAGUAUAC